CGGCUCGACUCGGCUCGGCGUGAGGGGAUGUUGUUGCUAUGCACGCCGGCGAGCUGCGCAGUCACACGAGCGGAGAUUUAAAGGGAAAUAACAGGCGCUCCUCUUUGUACACAUCCGAGUUUGGCAGGACGCUGCAAGCCAGUCUUUGCGAAAACAGCGAAUCUGCGUCUGUGAGGCCGCGUUGACCGGACUCGUUUCGGAUGUGCAGCCGGACUGGGCUUCGGACCAGAGAGCCCCAGCGGACGGCGGCUGUGUUUUUCAGGGUCUAGUUCUUUCCGAGGAGGUUCUGUGUCCUGUCUUUCCACUCUAGCCCCUGUCGCCAUCUUGAAUUUUAAUGUAAAUUAUCUGGCAAUUUUUUUUUUUUUUUUUUUUUGUUUUGCUAUAUGGCACCUUCAGUGAGCCGUCCCGCUCGCUCCGUGUGCCGGUGAGGGACCCGCGUUACCGUAGGGAAAAGGACAGAGUGGAAGCGGCUUCUGGAUCAGCGAGCGGGGUGACGGUUUACAGCGUGUGUUUAAGUUGCCCAUGCAAGUGGGAGACAAAAGACGAGUUGCACGGCUUCCCUCCACGUCGCAUGGUUUCUCAUAAGCACAUAGAAGCUAAAUGCGCCUUCACCAGGGAGCUAGCUGGUAUGAAGUAGAUGGGAGAAACCAAGAACAUGGUGCUGAAUGGCAGGAGACAUGGCAGUAGGUUCUCCAGUGAUCAGCCCAUUGGAAAGACCAGGCUGCAGAACACGCAGAGGGCCCAUCUGCGCCAGGGCAAGGGCUCCCCUACUGGCAGGAGAUGCAGCAGACGUUUCAGUGGGGCAGCCACAGAGCCAGAGAGGCGUCAUGUGCCCUCUUCUGGGAUGACCGCAAAGGAGCUGUGUGAAUAUGAUGACCUGUCCACCAGCCUGAUCCUAGACCCUUACCUGGGCUUCCAGACCCACAAAAUGAACACCAGGUUUCGGCCAAUCACGGGUCGACAAGCUGUACUUAGGGAAGUGAUUGAACGCUUCAAGAAAAAUGACAACCUGGAAAAGGCCUUCCAGGCUUUGACCUCUGGAGAAUGGAGCAGACAUCACUUUCUCAACAAGACCAAGGCCCAGGAGAAGCUCUUCAAAGCACAUGUAUUUGUUUACUUGCGUAUGUUUGCUGCAGACAGUGGGUUUGAGAUUCUUCCAUGCAAUCGCUAUUCAUCAGAGCAAAAUGGAGCCAAAAUUGUAGCAACAAAAGAUUGGAAAAGAAAUGAUAAAAUUGAACACCUUGUUGGUUGCAUUGCUGAGCUGUCUGCGAGUGAAGAAAAGAUGUUGUUACGGCAUGGAGAAAAUGACUUCAGCGUCAUGUACUCUACACGUAAGAACUGUGCUCAGCUCUGGCUGGGACCUGCUGCCUUUAUUAAUCAUGAUUGUCGGCCAAAUUGCAAGUUUGUAUCAACAGGUCGAGACACUGCAUGUGUGAAGGUCCUACGGGACAUCGAACCAGGGGAAGAGAUCUCCUGUUACUAUGGAGAUGGCUUCUUUGGAGAAAACAACGAAUUUUGUGAAUGCUACACUUGUGAGAGGCGUGGCACUGGUGCUUUUAAGUCAAAAGCAGGGCUGCCUGUGGAAGUCCCAGUGAUAAAUAGCAAGUAUGGCCUGAGGGAGACUGACAAGCGUCUCAACAGACUGAAGAAGUUGGGGGAGGGCAGCAGGAACUCAGACAGUCAGUCCGUUGCCUCCACAGAAGCAGAGUCUCAGGAACCACCAAGUGGACAAACAUCAUUAAGGAAGAGGACAUCUCAGCCCUGUCUGAAAAAGCAUGGCAAAGCCAGAGCUUCAACAAGGCAAAUUCUGUCAAGCACUCCUACCUCUACCUCAUCCUGUAAACGAAAUCAAACAAACAACUCCAGUUUACCAAAGAGACUUAAAUCAAAGCCCACUCAGCCUUUGUCUAAGGGAAGGAGAUGGUGUCGAGCAGCAGAACUGAAAGCCCCCAGUCGAGUGAGUGCUGGGAGCUUGAGUCUCAAGCAGCCCUCCAGAAGAGAGGCAGACAGGCGAGGGCCUACUCAGCUCUCCAGCUGUAGGGGCAGUGUGACUCGUGCGGCAGUUCACGAAAACAGUCAGAACUCCUCAAAGGGUGCUUCAGCAUGCAAGGACAGUGUGCCUUGCCCUUACAGAACUCGUAGGUCCACCAGGACCUCUCUUGGUGCUCAGGAGGCUGCUGCUGGCAGCAGGCGAGGGCUAAAGUCAGAUAGCCCAGCUAAGCUAGCCGGUGGCUUGGCCCUCAAGACCGAGCCAGGCGACCCUGUUCCGGUGACAGCCGGGCACCAGAUGAACACACCUAGCCUCGAAGCUAGUUGUCCAAGGAAAGGGACCUGCCCCAGGAGGAGGAGGACAAUAAAACAAGAGGAGGUGGGGGGCUCCUAUGGAGAUGACUUUCUCCAGGAGGGCGUGCCAGAUCUACAUCAUGCAGCCCGGGCUGCUGACGUGGCUGACUGUGGGAAGGUGCCACUCGGCCUUCCGGGCCACCACCAGCACUACAACGGCUCGACCAAGAAUGGUAAGCCACUACGGCGCGGCAAAGGCAAGAAGAAGCGGCGCAUUACGCGCUACGAUGCCCAGCUGAUUCUGGAGAACAACACGGGCAUCCCCAAGUUGACCCUACGGCGGCGACGGGACAGCAGCAGCAGCAAUAAGGCAGACCCCCGGGACGCCAAGCCCUCACACCCGAAGUCCAGCUCCUCAAAGAUCAGCAUCAAGUUCAGCAAGGAACGUGAAAAGGAGCGUACUGGCUCAUACGUGGCCAAGUUGAACAAUGGCUUUGGCCAUGGCCCUCACAGCAGUUCCACCAAGCUGAAGAUUCAGCUGAAGCGUGAGGAGGACGGCACGGGUCUGCGACGGACCUAUCCUGACGACGUUACCUUCACAGGGAUCGUCAAGAGAGAGGCUGGAGAGGUGCUCGAGCAUGAAGUGGGAUCCCAGGUGGGGCAGAACAUUGAGGAGGACUCGCUCACUUCUGAGGAUGAGGAGGAGGACUACUUUGACAACGAGGAUGAUUUCAUCCCACUUCCACCAGCGAAACGCCUACGCCUCAUUGUGGGCAAAGAUUCCAUAGACAUCGACAUCUCCUCUAGAAGAAGAGAGGACCAGUCACUCAGACUCAAUGCAUAAGCUGUGUAAAUAACCCUCGUUCCUACCAAUCAUGUGUUCAUUUGAAUUAUGUAAUUUAAAUGGGGCAAAAAAAUGGCAAAUGUACAAUUAAAAUCGACACAAGAUAUCUUUCUCUACGUUUUAGUGAUGGCACUUCUUUAUUGUUUAUUCCUUACAAAUAUAAAUAUUGUAGAAAGUGUACAGAUAUGUAUGAAUUCUAUCCAAGUCUGUUUAAUGUGCAGAUGUUUGUCAGCGUUUUGUCCAGCUUUGCUGUUUUAUCUUAUUACAGGAAUAGUUUAACCAAAACGGUGGUGUCAGAUAAAAGCCAGCAGGGCACCGAAAGCAAGCCAUGAUCUUGUUUGCACAUUGCUCACUUUGCUCUGCAAAGCUUUCAUUCGUUGACUGGCAUCGUAAGAAUUUUGGUAAAACUAUUUCUUCAAUAUCUCAGCCUGCUGAGGGGCAAAAAGGGCUGGGAUCUGCUCAUCCACUUUCAGAAACACAAUGCAUGAGUCCACCUCAGAAGUUAGGCAUCCGUAUUUGAGUUCAGAUAGCAGUCUUCAGAAGGAUCGUGUGUUUCACUCGUCAUGUGUAAAGGGAAUAGCGGAAAAAAAAACUGUACAGAGCGGCUGCAAAAACUAAACAACGUUCUCUCCACUUGUUUUUUUUUUUUUUUUAUCUUUGUAUCAUGUAUCUGAUAUUUUGGCCAUCCAAGGUUAUGGUGCUCAUUGUUGUGGCCUGGUGCUGGUCCAUUAAAGAAAAAAAAAAUAAGACCUUAAA